AUGGAUUUGUACCUGGUUGGGAUUGUCCUAUCUUUUUUCCUGAACUCAACUGGAGCGCUUGCCGGCUACCCUAUCUGGUGGUCGCUGGCGAUGGGGCACCAGUACUCCUCCCUGGGAACUCAACCCAUCUUGUGUGGCAGUAUCCCAGGGCUGGUCCCCAAGCAACUGCGCUUUUGCCGAAACUAUAUCGAAAUCAUGCCAAGCGUGGCCGAGGGCGUCAAGAUUGGCAUCCAAGAGUGUCAGCACCAGUUCCGGGGGAGGAGGUGGAAUUGUACCACAGUCAACGAUAACCUGGCCAUCUUUGGGCCAGUCCUGGAUAAAGCCACCAGGGAGUCUGCCUUUGUACAUGCCAUUGCCUCAGCCGGCGUGGCCUUCGCUGUGACCCGCUCCUGUGCCGAGGGCUCCAACACCAUCUGCGGCUGCGACUCGCACCACAAGGGGCCGCCGGGUGAUGGCUGGAAAUGGGGCGGCUGCAGCGAGGACACAGAGUUCGGAGUCUUGGUGUCCAGAGAGUUUGCAGAUGCCAGGGAGAACCGGCCAGAUGCCAGGUCUGCCAUGAACAGGCACAACAACGAGGCUGGGAGAACGUCUAUCCUGGACCACAUGCACUUGAAGUGCAAGUGUCACGGUCUGUCAGGCAGCUGUGAGGUGAAGACCUGCUGGUGGGCUCAGCCGGAUUUCCGAGUUAUCGGAGACUAUCUGAAAGACAAGUACGACAGCGCAUCCGAGAUGAUUGUGGAGAAACACCGAGAGUCCCGCGGUUGGGUGGAGACGCUGCGGGCCAAGUACGAGCUCUUCAAGCCACCCACCGAGCGGGACCUGGUUUACUACGAGAACUCGCCCAAUUUUUGCGACCCCAACCCCGAGACGGGCUCCUUCGGGACCAGGGACAGGGUGUGCAACGUGACGUCACACGGCAUCGACGGCUGCGACCUGCUGUGCUGCGGGCGAGGACACAACACCCGGACGGAGAAACGCAAGGAGAAGUGUCACUGCAUCUUCCAUUGGUGCUGCUACGUCAGCUGCCAAGAGUGUGUCCGAGUGUACGACGUGCACACGUGCAAAUAAGCAGGAUGGGGAACUGGAAUGGCGCGUGGCGCAUGGCAUU